CCUUGUGUAUAUAUUUCUCUCUCUCUCUCUCAAGUCUGUGUUAUGUCGGCUUGCUAUUAGCUGCCUCCAAUUCUAUACUAAUCCCGAAACACUCGCUCUGUAGUCUGUACGCCAGGGGGAAAACAAAAUACUCUGCAUACGAAUCAGCCUCGCCCUCUUUGCCGUCGAAUUUCCCGGCGAUUGCCUGAUCUCCAUCUCCGGUGAAGCUGUGAAUUCAGUAAACCUCGUCGAAUUUCGGUGUUGACUGUGAAUGAUAGCAGUUUGUUCAAGCUGAAGAGAAAAAAAGUUCGAUGUUUAUUCGUGUACCUUUCUCAAGCUGGAAUUCUCAAGGUUAAAUUAGGAGCUUUUUGCCGUUUGAGCAAAGACUUGAAUGAGAGCAACUUAAGAGUUGCUAUUAAUUUUGCAGCAAAUGAAGAAGUAAAUGGUACGUCGGUGGAACUGUCAAAUUUGUCAAGGCUCAGCUCGUUAGGUUUUUGGAAACGGAAAUCAAAUUGAAGACGCUGGAGCCUGAAUUUGUCGACAUGAAAGCUCCAUCAAAUGGUUAUCUACCAACUUCAGGAGAAGGGGAAAGAAAGGUUAUUAAUUCAGAGUUAUGGCAUGCUUGUGCGGGGCCACUUGUUUCUUUGCCUCCUGUUGGAAGUCUUGUGGUAUACUUCCCUCAAGGUCACAGUGAGCAAGUUGCAGCAUCAAUGCAAAAGGAGACUGAUGGCAUCCCAAACUAUCCUAAUCUUCCUUCUAAGUUGAUUUGCAUGCUUCACAGUGUCACUUUACAUGCUGACCCAGAAACUGAUGAGGUCUAUGCGCAGAUGACUCUUCAACCUGUUAGCAAAUAUGAUCAGGAAGCAUUACUUUUAUCUGAUAUGGGCCUCAAGCAAAGCAGGCAACCUGCUGAAUUUUUCUGCAAAACUCUUACAGCAAGUGACACAAGCACUCAUGGUGGAUUUUCUGUUCCUCGCCGAGCAGCUGAGAAAAUUUUCCCAUCUCUUGAUUUCUCAAUGCAACCCCCAGCUCAGGAGCUUGUAGCUAAGGAUUUGCAUGACCAGUCAUGGGCAUUUAGACAUAUUUAUCGAGGCCAACCAAAAAGGCACCUGCUGACCACAGGUUGGAGCGUUUUUGUUAGCUCUAAACGACUCUUUGCUGGUGAUUCCAUCCUUUUUAUAAGAGAUGAAAAAUCACAGCUUCUCUUGGGUACCAGGCGUGCUAAUAGACAGCAGCCGGCCCUUUCAUCAUCAGUCAUAUCUAGUGAUAGCAUGCACAUUGGAAUUUUAGCAGCUGCAGCUCACGCCGCAGCAAAUAAUAGCCCAUUCACUAUAUUUUACAAUCCCAGGGCCAGCCCUUCUGAGUUUGUGAUUCCGCUAGCCAAGUAUAAUAAAGCAAUGUAUAAUCAAGUUUCAUUGGGGAUGCGGUUCAGAAUGAUGUUUGAGACUGAUGAGUCAGGAGUGCGUAGGUACAUGGGCACAGUCACCAGUGUUAGUGAUCUAGAUCCAGUGCGAUGGAAAGGUUCACAAUGGCGCAAUCUUCAGGUUGGGUGGGAUGAAUCAACUGCUGGGGAACGUCCCAGUCGAGUUUCAAUAUGGGACAUUGAACCUGUUGUAACUCCUUUCUUCAUAUGUCCACCUCCUUUUUUCAGACCCAAGUUCCCAAAACAGCCAGGGUUGAUAGAUGACCAGUCUGACAUGGCGAAUGGUUUCAAUCGAGGCAUGCCCUGGCUUGAUGAAUUUGGAAUAAAGGAUGCCUCAAGCUCACUCUUCCCUGGCUUGAGUUUAGUCCAGUGGAUGAACAUGCAACAGAAUCAACGCUUUCCAGCUGCUCAAACAGGAUUCUUUCCGCCUGUUGGUUCUUCAGCAUCAUUCCAAAACAACCUUAGCAUUGAUGAUCCGUCCAAGUUGUUGAACUUCCAAACCCCUGCUGUUGCUACUCCACAUCUCCAGUUCAACAAAGCCAAUCAACAGAAUCAACAAGUUGUUCAACCCCCGCAGCCUUCUCUAGCAUGGACCCAGCAACAGCAGCAGCAACAACAGCUGCAACAAUUGUUGCAAUCUUCUAUCAACACACAGCAGCAGAAACUGCAACAUCAACAACAGCAGCAGCCACCACAACAGCAGCCGCAGCCGCUGCAACAACAACCACCACAACAGCAGCAGAUAUUACAAACUCUUGGAAAUAACACUAUAAUUGCACCUAACCAGAUUCCGAACCCGAAUUUGCAGCAACCAGCCAUAUACUCUCAACUCCAGCAGCAACAAUUGUUAACAGGAAGUACCCAAUCACAGCAAAACAUCCCUACCAGUGAUAGGAAUUCUUUUCAGCCCUUAUCACAUGACUUGCAGUAUCAGCAACAAGUAGAACAAGCAAGCCUACUACAAAGGCCCCAGCAACAGCAGCCGCAAUUGCAACAAAUGCCUCUGCAAUCUUUGCAGUCUAGCCUUCCACAUACUCCACAAGGGCAAAACACAUUGCAGCACAGCCUUUCAGAGCAGCAUCUUCAACUGCAGCUACUACAGAAAUUGCAGCAGCAACAACAGCAGCAGCAGCAGCAGCAACAGCAACAACUGUUAUCCCCAGUAAGGCCUUCUUUGGAGCCACAACAACAUGCUCAUCAACGAAGCUGGCAAUCACAACAUCUUCCUUUGUCUCAGCCGCAGCAACAGCAACAACAACAAAUUAGUGGCAACGGUAUCUCAACAUCGACACUCAUGCAAUCAACUCAAUUUGCUGUGAAUCAAAUUCCGGGCCCACAAAAACUGGUUAAAGCCCAUUCUGGGCUUACAGACGGGGAUGCCCCAUCAUGUUCAACUUCACCUUCUACAAAUAAUUGCCAAGUAUCUCCAUCAAAUUUCCUGAACAGGAGCCAACAAAAACCAUCCUUUUUGAUUGAGGAAUUGGCGGGUGAUCAUGCUACUAAUAUGGUCCAGGAGAUUCAAAGCAAGCCUGAAGUUAGGGUCAAACGUGAGUUGCCUGGAUCAAAAGCACCCGAGCAACAAAAGAACAAAGUUACUGUCACUGAACAAUUGGAUGCUGCUUCUUCUGCAACAUCAUAUUGUUUGGAUACAAGUGGCUUCCAACAAAAUUUCUCACUUCCCAGUUUUUCUAUGGAGGGGGAUGUUCAGUCACAGUCUAGGAACAAUCUUCACUUUGCAGGUAAUGUCGACGGUAUGACACCUGAUGCAUUGUUGUCAAGGGGUUUUGAUUCUGGAAAAGAUAUUCAGAACUUGCUUUCCAAUUAUGGUGGGAUGCCUAGGGAUUUUCAGACAGAGUUGUCUGCUGCUGAUAUCAGUUCUCAGUCGUUUGGGUUGCCAAACAUGUCUUUCAAGCCAGGGUGUUCAACUGAUAUCGCAAUUAGUGAUGCUGGUGUUUUGGGUGGAGGGUUGUGGCCUAGCCCGACUCAGAGAAUGCGAACGUACACAAAGGUACAAAAACGUGGGUCUGUGGGAAGAACCAUUGAUGUCAGCCGUUACAAGGGCUAUGAUGAGCUCAGGCAUGAUCUGGCCCGUAUGUUUGGGAUUGAAGGACAACUAGAAGACUCACAAAGAACAGAGUGGAAACUUGUCUACGUUGAUCACGAAAAAGACAUACUACUUGUUGGAGAUGAUCCUUGGGAGGAGUUUGUGAGUUGUGUUCAGAGCAUAAAGAUACUGUCAUCAGCUGAGGUGCAGCAAAUGAGUUUGGAUGGAGAUUUGGGUCCAGUUCCCAAACAAGCUUGUAGUGGAACUGACAGUGGAAAUGCAUGGAGAGGGCACUAUGACGAUAACACAGCUGCCUCUUUCAAUAGAUAAGAGUUGUAGUUUUAGGAAUCCCCUUGUUUAAUAGAUAGGGUUUUGAAACCAGAAAAUUGAAUUGAGGUGCCUUUUACUACCAAGGAUGAGUAGAAGAUCCAUCCAUACGAGGUGAUACACUGUACAGAGGAAUUUUGGUGAUAAUAUCCGUGCAGGUUAACCCCAAAACUUUCAUGGUUCGGAAGCUAAACUAUGUGCUCAUGUGCUAGCGGUAGCUACUAAUGCCAAGAAGUCGAAUUUCGACGAUGUGUAUUGAAUUGCCUUACUAUUGGAGAGCAAAUGUUAGAAUGGCCUGCAAAACAAUCCAAUGUUCCUCUGAAGCUCGAAACCGAACAGCAGUUGGGUAGAUAUGUCGAAUGCCUUCCACAUUACAGAUGGAAGUUUUCAGUGCAUUAAGCACGGGAGGAGCUCUGAUCCAGGAGCAGAGUCAAAAGUGUAAUCCACAGAUUUAGCAGCUUAUGGAUUUCCAUGGAGAAGGAACUCAGCACUGAAGUCAGACAAUCACUGUAUCCCAAUCUAACAAGUUUGUUGGGAGAAUGGAUGAUCUAGGAGAAAACCGAUCAUUUGUAACUUCCAAUACUAAUUUAUUUUGUAUAGAUACACAAAAGUGGGAUCUUUUUCCAAGAUAACGCUAUUGCAUUAUUUUGGAAUGGGCAAUUGCUUCAAAUUCA